GCGAGCGAGACAGAGCGGUGUGGUGCGCACACGCACACCCGCAGCACGAAAGAGAGCUAGCACAAGGGCUCCGUUUUUCCAUUGUCGUGCCGUCCCUUUGGUGCCCUGUUUUGCUGGAUUUCGAGUGCCCGUGCAACGACGACGACGACGAGUGGGCACUUACCUUCUCAAGUGAAAACAUAAUUUAGUUACAGUCAAGCACAGCUUCAGCCACGGACGGACGUCAAUGCUCUGCGCACGGUUCGGUUGUUUUUCGUAUGUGAAUGUGUGCGCGUUAAUGUUUUGCGGUGGACAUCUUGCUGAAUUGGGGCGGUUUUCCUUUCCUAUCCCCACGAGCGUUUUCUGUGGGUGCAAAAGUUGUGAAGAGUGUGUGCUUUGAAAUUUUGAAUCACAAUUAAUGGUUGGAACGAUUCGACUUGCCAAGUGUUUGCCAACCGAUGCAGUGAAAAAGUGUUGAAAAUACAUUUCACCCGUGUUUUUGUAAGCAAAAUAACGAGAGAGAGAAAAGAAAAACCCCCAGUUUCCAAGUGACAACAGUUACCAACCAGCGUUCAAAGUGGCCACCGAUAAGAACGAACCCGUGGCAAACGCCACCGGUGGACGAUCGAGUCGUUCGCCCUCGUCUAGCGGAACGGUGGACCCACAGUCAUCGCCCCAGUCACCCCCGGUCCGAUCUGCGCCGAACACGGUCGGGAACGGUUCGGUAGCGGGAGCAGCACCCGCCAGUCCCAGUGACGCGGCAUCCAGCCCAACUCAAACCGUACUGCCGGAAGGACCCACGGUUAUGGCGGGUCCGACGGCAACGGCACCGGUCCUGACCUGGUCGCCAUUGCUUUUUCCGCCGUGGAAUACGGCACUGCUGCCAGCAGCGUUCUAUCCCGUUGCAGCACUACGAUCACUGCCUGGAUUUCUGGACAGCAUGAAACUCCCCCAAUCGCAGCGAACCACCAGUACCGGGGCUGGCUUUCGUAUCUGUAACCUGCUCGAGCUGGACAACGACAAGAAGCAGCAUGCGAAGAAGCGGAAAAGCUCCAGCCCGAUAGAUGACCCCGUUACGCUUCACCGUUCCCGGGACCGGGAUGCUGACGAGGCGGACGAUGAAGAUGAUUCCGGGGCCGUGGAUGCGAGCUGUCCGCCGGAUGGAUCGCUCACGAGGCGCAGCGGGACAAUGACACUUUCCCAGGAGGACACUAGCAGCAAUCCCGAUCUGCACGGUUGCAGUGUUAUUAACAGUGACGAUGAUAGUAGUAGACCGGAGGCCCGCACCGACGCUAGGGGUACGAGUCGUGGAGAUCGCACAAGUCCUUCGGCGGCGAGUGGUGAUGAAGGGGGAAAGCCUACGUUUGGACUACGAACCACUAGCCUGGCGGAAGAUUUGCAUGCCCGGUUUGGGUAUUCAGCGCUGCAUCCUGGCACGCAUCUUCCACAUCUACCUACGCACCCGCACCAUCCCAAUCAUCACAGCCAUCAUCCUCAUCAGCAUCAUCCGACGCAUCUGCAUCAUCCGCACCAUACGCUGGCAGGCACACCGCCGAGUCACGCACUGUUCGGUGGACGAUCCUGGCCGUACGAUAGCUGCAAUACAUUGAAUGCAUGCCAUCAGCAAGCGGCCCAGCAAGCCCACCAACGGUUGUUCGCACAGCAGGUCAGCCCAGCGGACAGUACCUCGCCGGUACACUCGGAACGCUCGUACAUCGGAAGUACCGGGCUGGCGACACUAGCGGCGGCCGGUGUAACACCCGGCGACCUUUCGCUCGGUGGCCACCUGGGUGCGGGACGGGCCGGGUCCGGGAUGCGCACACCCAGCCCAUCCGACUCGGAACGGGGAGAUCCGCACCACCACCUGCACGGUGACACACACACCGAAAAUUCAGACGACGUUGACAUCGAGGAAGGCUGUGACGAUGAGAUCGACAUGAUCGACGAUACGGACGACGGCAGUAUGCCGACGGAGCGGGGCCACCAAUCGAACGGGAUGGGCCACAAGAAGCGCAAACGGCGUGUCCUGUUCUCCAAGGCGCAAACGUACGAGCUGGAGCGUCGGUUUCGCCAGCAGCGCUACCUGUCCGCACCGGAACGGGAACAUCUGGCGUCGCUUAUACGCCUCACACCGACGCAGGUGAAGAUAUGGUUCCAAAACCAUCGGUACAAAACGAAACGGGCCGCACACGAGAAGGGUGCGCUCGACCAUCACGGUGGCCAUGGGGGUGGGAACGGUGCGGGCGGACUACCGUCGCCGAGGAGAGUCGCGGUGCCGGUGCUGGUGCGCGACGGGAAACCGUGCCUCGGUGGUAGCAAACAACCACACGAUCUCCUGACGGCGGUUCCCGGAGCAGCCCAUCUACAGCUACCGCCCGGGUUCCAGCAUGCCAGCCUGCUCCAUCAUGCGGCGGCCGCUGCCGGACGUUGGUGGUCGUAGACGUGAAUGUACAAAACAGAUGGCCAUCUUUCCGUUCAGAAGGUGGUGCGAGACACAGCGAAGGAAGGAUAGCUGAACAAACAGUCACUUGGUAUGGGGGGGGGGGGGGGGGGCGGUGUGUAGAUGUGUUCGAUGUGUUUAGUAGCGCAAUAUGUGUAAAAAUAAGCAAAAUGCGGACUUACAGGCGAAACUGAGCUCCUCUUGUGCGAGCGCUUUCCGGAGUCCUCGUAGGCGAACGUUGCUCCCAUGUCUAGCAUAGGUAGUCCGAACAAGAGAUUAUUGUAUUUAAAUACGGUUAUAGUUAAUUUAUGUAAAUCUUAGUUUCCCACCACAAAAAAAAACUCCGACAAAGAAGAAAUGAAAAAAAGCCAACACGUAAAUAAAAUAAUUAUCCUGAA